GCAGCGUCAGGAACCCGCGGGGCAGACCCGGACCCCGGUAGGAGCCCGCUGAGCUGGAGGAGGAGGAGCGCCACCGCGCCCCUGCCUUGGCUGCCCUCGCGAGCGCAGGCAGACAGCUUCAGCAGUAGCUGGCGGGCCGGGGUCGCCUCCCGCCAGAGUCGGGCGCCAACCGAAUUGUUCCGGAUGGGCAGCGGCGGGCGGCGAGGCGGUGGCCCCUGGACUUGCCGCAGCGCUCUCGCAGGCUGUAGCAGGUCCCUGCGGGCUGCGUCUCCGAGGUUCUUGCUUCUGGUAAUGAGAACUGGGGCUUGCUAAAUCUCCCAGCUAGGUGAAGAAUAUACUGAUGGCCAGAUGUCUUAAGGAAUGGUUUUGAAGAAAAUUAUAACAGCAACUGAGAAGGAGACUGGUUUCACAGAAAUGAAAUUCUGAAGAUGUCAUUUGUUUUUGGUUAAAGAGAGAAAAUCCAGCUAGAGAAGAAGCCUUAAUACCUGCAUUUAAUAUCACAUUUCAAGUAAAAAUGUAACUAGGUUUACAUCAGUCUUUUGGUAACUGUUUGCCUUGUGAAACAUGAGUGACCCAAGGCAAUCACAGGAAGAGAAGCAUAAACUUGGUAGAACCACAUCUAAGUUCAAAGAGGCUCCCAGAAUCAUGCAAUCCGAUGAUUAUUUUGCUCGAAAAUUUAAAGCCAUUAAUGGCAGCAUGGGUCCAUCCACUUCUUUAAAUGUCUCAAAUUCAAGUGAAAGUGGUGGUCCAGCUAAUGGUACCCCUGCUGUUCCCAAGAUGGGUGUGAGAGCAAGAGUUUCAGAGUGGCCUCCCAAAAAGGACUGCUCCAAGGAGCUGUCUUGCAAGACUCUGUGGGAAAGUCGAUCUCAGACCAGUUAUGAAAGUGUUACUUCUAUCAUGCACAAUGGGCAAAACAACCAGAAUGAUGGUCAACAAGAAGAACAACUUGAUUUGGACUAUGUGGAGGCCAAGUACACAAUUGGAGACAUUUUUGUCCACUCUCCUCAAAGAGGACUUCACCCCAUAAGACAGAGAAGCAACAGUGAUGUCACCAUUAGUGACAUAGAUGCUGAAGAUGUCUUAGAUCAAAAUGCAGUGAACCCCAAUACAGGGGCUGCCCUCCAUAGAGAGUAUGGAAGUACAUCUUCCAUUGACCGGCAAGGCUUAUCUGGUGAAAACUUUUUUGCUAUGCUCAGAGGAUACCGGGUAGAGAAUUAUGACCACAAAGCAAUGGGCCCUUUUGGGUUCCCUGAGUUUUUUUCCUGUGAUCCUUCAAUCUCUCCCAGUCUCCAUGCAGCAGCACAAAUUUCUAGAGGAGAAUUUGUCCACAUCUCAGGAUUAGACUACAUGGAUGGUGGCCUUCUAAUGAGGAGGGACAGAGAUAAGCCUUUCAAACGGAGGUUAAAGUCAGAGUCAGUGGAAACAUCUCUCUUCAGAAAGCUUCGAACUGUUAAAAGUGAACAUGAAACAUUCAAGUUCAUAUCUGAUCUGGAAGAAGGUCGUCUUGAGAGAGAUGUUCGCCCAUGGAACUGUCAGCGAUGUUUUGCACAUUAUGAUGUCCAAAGCAUUUUGUUCAAUAUCAAUGAAGCUAUGGCUACAAGGGCUAAUGUGGGGAAAAGGAAAAACAUUACCACUGGGGCUUCAGCAGCCUCUCAGACUCAGAUGCCAACAGGUCAAACGGGGAACUGUGAAUCCCCUUUGGGGAGCAAAGAAGAUCUUAACUCCAAAGAGAACCUGGAUGCUGAUGAGGGUGAUGGGAAAAGUAAUGACUUAGUCCUAAGUUGCCCUUACUUUAGAAAUGAAACAGGAGGAGAAGGCGAUCGGAGAAUUGCACUCUCUAGGGCUAACUCAUCAUCAUUUAGUUCUGGGGAGAGCUGCUCCUUUGAAUCAUCUCUCAGUUCUCACUGCACAAAUGCAGGUGUCUCUGUCUUGGAAGUACCCAGAGAAAAUCAGCCAAUUCACAGAGAGAAAGUAAAGCGGUAUAUCAUAGAACACAUUGACCUUGGGGCCUACUAUUAUCGUAAAUUCUUCUAUGGUAAAGAGCACCAGAACUACUUUGGAAUAGAUGAAAACCUUGGUCCUGUGGCAGUCAGCAUCCGAAGAGAGAAGGUGGAAGAUGCCAAGGAAAAAGAAGGGUCCCAGUUCAACUAUCGGGUGGCUUUCAGGACAAGUGAGCUUACAACCCUAAGAGGAGCAAUUUUGGAAGAUGCUAUCCCCUCCACAGCUAGACAUGGUACUGCUCGAGGACUACCUCUCAAAGAAGUUCUGGAAUAUGUCAUUCCAGAGUUGAGCAUUCAGUGCUUGAGGCAGGCUUCAAACUCACCCAAGGUCUUGGAGCAACUUCUAAAGCUUGAUGAACAAGGGCUAAGCUUUCAGCACAAGAUUGGAAUCCUUUAUUGCAAAGCAGGCCAGAGCACAGAGGAGGAGAUGUACAACAAUGAGACGUCGGGACCAGCUUUUGAAGAAUUCCUUGAUCUUCUGGGCCAGAGAGUACGACUGAAAGGAUUUACUAAAUAUCGAGCUCAGCUAGAUAAUAAAACUGAUUCUACAGGAACUCAUUCCCUCUACACCACAUACAAGGAUUAUGAACUCAUGUUCCAUGUAUCUACUAUGCUUCCCCACAUGCCCAACAACAGACAGCAGCUCCUGAGGAAAAGGCAUAUAGGAAAUGACAUCGUGACCAUUGUCUUCCAAGAGCCUGGAGCACUUCCUUUUACUCCAAAGAGCAUCCGGUCCCACUUUCAACAUGUCUUUGUCAUAGUCAAAGUACACAAUCCAUGUACAGAAAAUGUGUGUUAUAGUGUUGGAGUUUCUAGAUCAAAGGAUGUACCACCAUUUGGCCCACCUAUUCCUAAAGGUGUAACUUUUCCAAAGUCAGCAGUAUUUCGGGACUUCCUUUUAGCCAAAGUUAUCAAUGCAGAAAAUGCAGCCCAUAAAUCAGAAAAAUUCCGAGCAAUGGCUACUCGAACAAGACAAGAGUACUUGAAAGACCUGGCAGAGAACUUUGUCACAACUGCCACUGUAGAUACCUCUGUGAAAUUCAGCUUCAUUACACUGGGUGCAAAGAAGAAGGAGAAAAUAAAGCCAAGGAAAGAUGCUCAUCUAUUUAGCAUUGGAGCAAUCAUGUGGCAUGUCAUAGCACGGGACUUUGGCCAGUCUGCUGACAUUGAAUGUCUUCUUGGAAUUUCUAAUGAGUUUAUAAUGUUGAUUGAAAAAGAAUCCAAGAAUGUUGUAUUUAACUGUUCCUGCAGAGAUGUCAUUGGAUGGACAUCUGGAUUAAUGAGUAUUAAAGUAUUUUAUGAAAGAGGAGAAUGUAUCCUUCUAUCUUCAGUAGAUAAUUGUGCUGAAGACAUAAGAGAAAUUGUUCAGCGACUAGGAAUUGUGACAAGAGGCUGUGAAACUGUGGAAAUGACUUUGAGGAGGAAUGGUCUGGGUCAACUUGGCUUUCAUGUGAAUUUUGAAGGAAUUGUAGCAGAUGUAGAGCCCUUUGGCUUUGCCUGGAAAGCGGGUCUUCGCCAAGGGAGUCGCCUUGUAGAAAUCUGCAAAGUGGCAGUAGCCACUUUAACACAUGAGCAGAUGAUUGACUUGCUCCGAACUUCUGUGACCGUGAAAGUGGUCAUCAUCCAGCCCCAUGAUGAUGGCUCACCUCGCAGAGGGUGUUCAGAACUCUGCUGCAUCCCCAUGGUAGAAUACAAACUUGACAGUGAAGGCACCCCGUGUGAAUACAAAACCCCUUUCAGAAGGAAUACCACAUGGCAUCGGGUACCCACCCCAGCUCUACAGCCUCUGUCCAGGGCCUCCCCUGUGCCUGGUACACCUGACCGACUGCAAUGCCAGCAGCUGCUCCAGCAGGCACAGGCUGCCAUUCCUCGCAGCACUUCCUUUGACCGAAAACUACCUGAUGGAACAAGAAGUUCACCUAGCAACCAGUCCUCCUCCAGCGACCCUGGACCUGGUGGGAGUGGACCCUGGAGACCGCAAGUCGGAUAUGAUGGGUGCCAGUCUCCCUUGCUGCUUGAACACCAAGGUUCAGGCCCUUUGGAGUGUGAAGGAGCUAGGGAACAUGAAGAUACCAUGGAAAACAGCAGGCAUCCAGAAACCAAAUGGCAUGGUCCCCCUUCCAAAGUCCUUAGUGCCUAUAAAGAAAGAGUUCUGCAGAAAGAUGGAGGUUGCAAGGAUUCACCCAAUAAACUUUCUCACAUUGGAGAUAAAAGUUGUUCCAGUCACUCCAGCAGCAACACUCUCUCCAGCAGUACCUCUAGCAACAGUGAUGACAAGCACUUUGGGUCUGGGGACCUGAUGGACCCAGAAUUGCUGGGGCUGACCUAUAUCAAAGGGGCUUCCACAGACAGCGGCAUCGACACAACCCCAUGUAUGCCAUCUGCAGUCCUGGGGCCUGUGCACCUGGUGGGCAGCAGGUCCAUGAUCCACAGUCGGGGAGAACAGUGGGCUGACUCUGCUGACAUCUCUGGGCCUGAUGAUGAGCAAGCAAAGAUGUACACAGUCCACAGUUAUGCACCCACCGUCUCUGCUAGCAACACUGCUGAAGGGAGCAUGGGCGACCUUAGUGAAAUCUCCUCUCAUUCUAGUGGCUCACACCAUUCAGCCAGCCCUUCAGCUCACUAUUCCAAAAAUAGUGGGUCUCUGGAUACAUCGAAAGUCUACAUUGUGUCACACAGCAGUGGGCAACAGGUCCCUGGGUCUACAUCCAAGUCCUACCACAGACAGGGGACAAUGAAUAAAUUUAUCAUUGGCUGGAAGAAAUCAGAAGGUAGUCCACCUCCUGAAGAGCCAGAGAUAACUGAAUGUCAGGGGCUAUAUAAUGAGAUGGAUCUCAUAUCUACAACAGUUCAGCAUCAGACAGUGGUGGGAGAUACAGACUCAGAAACUCAACAUGUCCUGUCCAAAGAAGACUUUCUGAAAUUGAUGCUUCCUGACAGCCCCUUAGUGGAAGAAGGGAGAAGAAAGUUUUCGUUCUAUGGAAAUCUGUCUCCACGAAGGUCUCUGUAUCGCACUCUUUCUGAUGAAAGCAUAUGUAGCAAUCGGAGAGGAUCGUCCUUUGGCAGUUCCAGAAGCUCCAUACUUGACCAAGCCCUGCCCAAUGACAUUCUGUUCAGCACAACUCCACCCUAUCAUAGCACAAUGCCUUCCCGCACCCAUCCUGCACCCAGCAUGGGGAGCCUGAGAAAUGAGUUCUGGUUCUCCGAUGGCUCUUUAUCGGAUAAGUCCAAGUGUGCAGAUCCUGGUUUGAUGCCCCUCCCAGACACGGCCAUGGGGUUAGAUUGGACCCAUCUCGUAGACACUGCUCGGGCAUUUGAAGGUCUUGACUCAGAUGAAGAACUUGGGCUGCUCUGUCACCAUACCUCCUAUAUAGACCAGAGAGUGGCAUCCUUUUGUACCCUGACAGAUAUGCAACAUGGGCAGGACUUGGAAGGAACCGAGGAGCUGCCUUUGUGUGUUGAUUCAGGAAAUGGCAAAGAUUUCAUGGAUUCCACUGGGGAGCGCUCUCCAUCAACCCUGACUGGUAAAGUCAACCAGCUGGAAUUAAUCCUCCGACAACUGCAGACUGAUCUUCGGAAGGAAAAACAGGACAAGGCAGUUCUCCAAGCUGAAGUGCAGCAUCUGCGACAAGACAACAUGAGGCUGCAGGAGGAGUCUCAGACAGCCACUGCUCAGCUGCGAAAAUUCACAGAGUGGUUUUUUAACACUGUUGACAAAAAGUCAUGACCACUUCAUACCCAUCCCAUGAGGGACCCUGCAGAAAUACCUGGUGUCCCAUUGAAGUUACAAACAUGUGGGUUUUAACUGUGCUUUCAGCCAAUUGUAGAUGUUUUUGCUCUUCCACUUUGUAGCACCAUUCACCCCAGCAGGAUAGGGAGCCACGACCUAUUGUCGGUAGCCAUCAUGUGACAGUGGAGAGAAGACCAUGUGAAGAUGAAUGUAACUCCCCUUGUCAAGAUGAAUGUAAACCGUGGUGUCAGCUUGUCCUUUGUUCUUUUGACUCUACCGAAAUGGUGCUCUGGCAUGGGCUUACCUCAAGAGGGAAGAUAGUUGGUCUUAUUUCCUAUGUAUCAGGUGACCUGGUAGGGAUAUUAAAGCAAGUUAGCUUAGUUAGGGCUUUAGUACUGUAAAUUAAACAUGAAAGCAAAUAAUCAGAAAUAUACUUUAAUGUUAAAGGUGCUCUAUUUUUUUGGAUGUACAGUAGUUUUAACUCCACAGCCACAUUAUCAUAGCAAUAAGAGGCAUAGUAAAUAUCUGGAAACAGAAUGAAGCACUGAGAAGUUUAGCACUAGUUUGAAUGCAGUUACUUUAGAGACUUAUUUAUUUGCAGGAACAAAAGGUGCCUGAAUAUUAACAGUGUUCUAAUUUUCUUUUUAAAGAUACAUAUGCCUUGUAAAUGGCUGACUGAGUAGUCACUUCCACUCUUAGUUCACUUUUGUAUAGUUAAUGCUCUGCUGAAGAAAAAGAGUAAACUACUUCCUUACUGGCACUCUUCUGUAUGCUUUGAGCCAGCAGAAUCGUGUACAAUGCCAAAUUUGUUCUAUCUUUGUACAGAAGCUUUGAUGAAGUGUCUUGUAUUUAACACCCUUAUUUAAGCUUAUUUAACCUUAAGUUGUUAAUUUUAUAAACUUUGAUUUUACCUGCACUAUAAUGAGGACAGUGUAGGCACCAGCAAGUUCAGAGAAAACUGAGCUUGCCUUGGACAGAGGGAGGAGCAGAGCGGGAAACUCUAACAACUGGAUGCUGCUAGUAACAAGUUGUUUGUAUUGCUUUACCAUUUUUAACUGUUCUAUUUAAGAUGGACAUACAUUUUUCUUUUUUUUAAAUAAACAUUUAAAAUAGUCCACAAAAGUAGUGGUGUUUUGGGGUGUGUAACAAUUUAUGAUAUAAUGUGUCAACCUUCUGAAUACAUGUGAAUUUAAGUCAGCUCAUCUAAACUUUUAAUGUGUAUUAAAUAUUGUAUAACCAUCA